CUUUCGUGUUGACAGAUCUCUGUAAACACUCUUGUAAGAGCGAACUGGAGCGUUUGCACGCCAAGGGCACGUAGUAGCCAUUGGAAAGAUAAAGAAGAAGAAGAAGAAGGGCACGUAGUUAUUUAAAUACCAAAAACACAAUCCCAAAAAGUGUUUCGACGAAAAAUCUGAUCGCAUAGUUUCGCGAGUCGCCCAGUUGGUCGCACGUCGCACGCGUUGCCGCGCGUCGAGCGUGCGUAUGUGUACCGUUUGCAAAAUAAUGCGCAAUUCUUCUCGCAGCGAAGGCAAGGUGUGAGUAGAAUUGAAAGCGAGGACUGUAUUGUCGAUCGCGAGCACUUUUCGCUGGUAAGCACAUCGGUCCGAGCUCGCGGCGACGAUGUCGAAGAUAUUUACGCCGACGAAUCAAAUAAGGCUGACGAAUGUGGCCGUGGUGCGUAUGAAGAAGGCUGGCAAGCGAUUUGAGAUCGCGUGCUACAAGAACAAAGUGAUGGCCUGGAGGAACAAGCUGGAAAAGGACAUCGACGAAGUACUGCAGACGCACACAAUAUUUACCAAUGUGUCGAAGGGCCAGGUGGCGAAGAAGGAAGAUCUCGUGAAGUCUUUCGAGACCGAGGAUCAGACCGAGAUCUGCAAGCAGAUCCUGGCUAAAGGCGAGCUUCAGGUUUCCGAUAAAGAGAGGCAUCUGGCGCUGGAGUCCAUGUUCAAGGACAUUGCCACGACGGUCGCCAGCAAGUGUAUAAAUCCAGAGACCAAGCAUCCGUAUCCGGUCACCAUGAUCGAGAACGCCAUGAGGGACGAGAUACAUUUUUCCGUCAAGCCUAAUCGAAACGCCAAGCAGCAAGCGCUGGACGUUAUCUCGCAGCUGAAAGCGGUGAUGCCUCUGGAACGUGCCCAAAUGAGGCUCAGGAUUGUCAUACCGAAGAAAGAGGCCCGAAAGUUGAAGGACAAAAUCGUUAAAUUCGCGACCAAGAUGGAAACAGAGGAAUGGGACAGUGGAUCGUUAACGAUAAUCUGCUUAAUCGACCCAGGCCAGUACAGAGGGCUAGACGAGUUGAUACGAUCGGAAACUAAGGGCACUGCUUUGAUGGAACUGGUGAAUUUGAACGAGGUGGCCGAAGGGGAAGAGCUCUUAACAUAAAUGGCGAAUGGAGUCGCUGUUUCUAGAGAUUGUUAUUCACUGGAGAGUGAGAUUCGUAUUUAUUAACUCUAAUUAAUAUUUUAAGUAUACGGUUGAUAACUUUGUUACAUCUUAAUCGUAGCUAAUAAAAGCAAUUCGCAUUUGUAUUUA